UCUCCUGGGGUCUCCUCAGGUCUCCUGGGAUCUCCUCAGGUCUCCUCAGGUCUCCUGGGGUCUCCUCAGGUCUCCUGGGGUCUCCUCAGGUCUCCUGGGAUCUCCUCAGGUCUCCUCAGGUCUCCUCAGGUCUCCUCAGGUCUCCUGGGAUCUCCUCAGGUCUCCUCAGGUCUCCUCAGGUCUCCUCAGGUCUCCUCGGGUCUCCUCCUCCUCUGACUGAAGUCUUGGUGAAGUCUGACAGUCUCUUCUUCUGUCCUGACUGGAUGUUUUCUUCCCUCAUGAGGCCAUGGUUGAUAUGACGGGCGGGGUGACUGAGGUGGUGACCGUGGCCUCGCUGCCCGUCGACCUGCCGGCCUUCCUCAGACACCUGCUGGCUAAAGGAGCGCUCAUCAACUGUGCCAACUGCCAGGUACGCUGAGAGCGGAGGGGAGGAACCUGACGUAGUUGGUGGAGAUGCUGUCUAACCUGCGGGCCGACAGGAGCAGACAUGUUCUCCUGGAGGUGUUCUGUGGAAAUACGUCUUCAUGGCUUUUCUCUCUCCCUGGUUCUUCUUCCCUUCAGGGUCCUCUGGAACAAAGGAAUGAACUGGGGAUCAUGUUCAGACACGCCUACUCCCUGACUGCAGUUGAGAAGGUAGAUGUCCCCGAACCAGGAUCAGGAGAGUCCGUCCUCUGUCAGGUGGGAACGACUCACGGCGCCCAGUAUUUGGUGAGGAUCCUCAACCCCUGGGGCAACACUGAGUGGGAGGGACCCUGGAGUGACCUGAAGGGGUUAGUCUUCACUCAGACUCAGACUGUGUCCAUCUGUCCAUCUGCGUCUCAUCAGUGGAGACAGUGGCGCUGAGAAGGACGGUUUCAGGCGGACUCACGUCUCCAUCUGUCUUUUCAUGAGUUUGGUGAGAAGAGAAAUGUGUCUUUACUGACUCGCCGCCGUCUCUGCUUUCAGUCCUGAGUGGAACACGGUGAGCGAGGAGGAGCAGAGACGACUGGACCGGGUCAGCCGGGAGGACGGAGAGUUCUGGUGAGUCCUGGUAGAGUCCAGCUCCUCUGAGAGUGGACUCUUAGUGUCCACCCUCUGCAAACAGAACAUAAAGCAGCAGGACAUCUCAGACCUGAAGGGUCCACUCAGACUUCAGCGCCUCAGUGUAACCCCCAGUUUUCACGACAUCCAGAACUGCUCCGAUCCGGAAGAGCAGCGAUUUUCGCCGUCCGCCGAUUCCUACCGAAUCCGUUUGUGAGGUGAACGUCGUGGAGGAUUACAGACAGCAGGAAUCACAGGAACUCACAAAAACCCACAGAUUCAUGUUCAAUCUCUCGAUAACGAGUCGUCUCUCUAAAGACAGACACAUAGACAUAUAAGCAGUAGAUUGUGUCCUUCCAGAGGAGGAAAUCUACUUCUAGACUUCUAGAAUCAGCAUCUCCUCAUCCAUGGUGUCAUCGGGGUGAAAUGACGUCUAAAAACCUUUCACUUGUUCGUCUCCGCCCGGAGUGUUUUAUUUUGAAAAGAAGCCGGAUGUUUUAUUUUGUGUCUGUGCCCGACUUCCUUUCCAGAGGUCGGUGUAAAUUGACCCGUUAACUUGAAUGGUUUCGAUCUGCCAGGAUCAUGUUUGACUUUCUCAGUUCCUCUCCUCACCAGGAUGUCGGUGUCAGAUUUCCGACAGAACUUUGAGAUCAUGGAGGUCUGUCACCUGUCCGAUACUCUGAGCAAACCCGGCUCCAAAGUGCGUCCGUGGUCCUGCAUAAUGCAUCAUGGGAACUGGGUCCCCCACGUCACAGCAGGAGGCUCUCCGAUGGGCGGUAAGACUCACGAUGAUACAUGAUGACCUUAAAAGGAGCUUCCUGGUUCAGAGUGAUGGUAGCGCUCCUGAUCCGGGUUCAAGUCUCUUCAGGUCCAUGUUCUGCUUCUUGUAUGAAAAGUUGGUGUGUUUGGGUUUUCAGGGAGGUUCUGGCAGAACCCUCAGUUCUACUUCGUCCUGUCGGAGGUGGACAGCGGCAGAGACGGACCAGAGAAGACCUGCACCUUCAUCCUGGCUUUAAUGCAGAAACACCAGAGACGCAGGGGAGUGAACCUGUCUAUAGGCCUGCACAUCUACCCGGUACACGCACACACACACACACACACACACACACACACCUGAUGAGAUCUGAAGCUCAGCUGAGACCUGAGACGACCCUCAUGGUGGUUUAUCUGUGUCCUCUGUAGGCUCACAGCAGGAACAAGUACCUGUCCCCUGAGGACCUGAGUCGGCUCCAGCCGGUCCUCUACAGUCCCCAGUACUCCACACGCCGGGAGGUCGUACUCCGCAGCUCUCUACCUCCGGGUCCUUAUAUCAUCGUCCCCUCCACCGCCGAGCCUGACCAGCAGGGGGCGUUCCUCCUACGGGUCCUGACCGAGCAGGGAAACAACGCCAGGUGAGUACUGGACCAACAGAGACCCGAAAACAGGAUAAGGAGGGGGGUACACAAGGGUACACAAGAGUACACAAGAGUACACAACAGUAAACAACAGUACACAGAAGUACACAGAAGUACAGAGAAGUAUUCUGAAGUGUCUUUCUGUUUUCUCCAGUCCAGCUCACAAACCAGCACCACCAGACGUCUCCUCAGCGUCAGAGGUAAGAGAUGAUAUUAGAAAUUUAAUUACAUCGUUUCUGCUAGUAGUUUGCUCUCAGCAUGUUAUAUAGAUAUUCAUAUAAAUAUAUGUACACAUAUAUAUAUAUAUAUACAUACAUAUAUAUGUGUACAUAUAUAUGUACAUAUAUAUGUAUAUAUAUGUGUGUACAUUUAUAUAUAUAUAUAUAUGUAUGUACAUAUAUAUAUAUAUAUAAACAUGCUGAGAGCAAAUGUUUGAAGAAUAAAUCUGAGACUUCAGAGAAGGGUUAUUAUUUGGGAGACGCCCCACACUGUUGUUGUGCAGGUUUGUGCUAGAACACACACACACACACACACACACACACACACACACACACACACACACACACACACACACACACACACACACACACACACACAGCAGCUUCCAGGACGAGCGCCAACAUGCAUCAGUCCAGAUAAUUCAGAGAUAAAUGUUUUUGUGUUCCAAGUGUCUCAUGAUAACCUGAGUUCAUGUUCAAAUACAGACGCUCGUCUAAAACACUCAUCAGGCAUUCAUGAACUUUUCUGCUCCUUUUUUGCUUCUUUUUUGCUCCUUUUUUGCUUCCUUUUUGCUCCUUUUUGCUCCCUUUUCUGCUCCUUUCUCUGCUCCUUUUUUGCUCCUUUUUGCUCCUUUUUCUGCUUCUUUUUUGCUCCUUCUCUGCUCCUUUUCUGCUCUUUUUUGCACCUUUUUCUGCUUGUUUUUUGCUCCUUUUUUGCUCCUUUUUGCUCCUUUUUCUGCUUCUUUUUUUGCUCCUUUUUGCUCCUUUUUCUGCUUCUUUUUUGCUCCUUUUUUGCUCCUUUUUUUGCUCCUUUUUCUGCUCCUUUUUUGCUUUUUUUUGCUCCUUUUUUGCUCCUUUUUUGCUCCAUUUUCUGCUCCUUCUCUGCUCCUUUUUUGCUCCUUUUUGCUCCUUUUUCUGCUUCUUUUUUGCUCCUUUUUUACUCCUUCUCUGCUCUUUUUUUGCUCCUUUUUUGCUCCUUUUUCUGCUCCUUUUCCGCUCCUUUUUUGCUCCUUAUUUGCUCCUUUCUCUGCUCUCUUCUGCUCUCUUCUGCUCUGAGGGUUUUUCAGCUGAUCUCCUGUUUCUAACGUUGACUGAAGAGGUUGGUCUCGUGAAUUCUGACUCUGUUCUGUCCUGCAGCUCCGGUUUCCUCAUCAGGCCGCUCUUCCUUCACCUAAAUCCACCAAACUACUCUUUAAGAAGCACUGCAACAAGGUGAGGUCUACCUGCUCACAGCUCCUUUAGGUCCAGACCUGAGCAGACUGAGCAGGUCUGGACCAAAGUUCUCCAUUAGAUGACACUCCUCAGAGCUGCCGUGAACUCCACCUCCGAGCAGCUGUGUGUGUGUGUGUGUGUGUGUGUGUGUGUGUGUGUGUGUGUGUGUGCAUGUGUUACUGGGUCCUGGUUCCUCUGUGGUCACCGUCUCCUUCUCUGCUCCCACAGAAGGGCUUCUGUAAACCUCUUCAUCUCCACAGUCUGCUGACUGAAGCCAUCCAGGGAGGAGGUCAGUCAUCUUCUGUUUUUUUUUAGGAGGUUCAAUCUUCUGGUCGGGUCGGGUCAGAACAUCAACAUUAUGGUUCUAGAGUGAUCCACCAUGACUCUCAGGGACCUUUGGCUCUUUUUCAUCUGUUGGACUUUUUUCAAGUCCUGAACCAUCUCAGCUGGGGUUCCUCGGGUUCUCCAGUUUCUGGACCCCUGCAGGUCUUUCAUGGUUUUUGCAGAGGAGUCGGGUCACAUGACCUCAGUCAGAGAAACCGGUCAGACUGGGUUUAGACGCUCCCUCCCCUCCGUUCCCUUUAAACAGCAAAAUUAAUGUCUGAUCUGUUGUCAUGGAAACCAGACACCUUUCACCAGGAGUCUUCAGCAGCUUGAAAAUCUAGAGACCAGUUUGGUUGGUGGUUUUGGAUCUGCCGGUCUGAGUGAGGUGGAUCUGGUUUUAAUCCGCCCCCUUAAACCCGGUUUGUUUGAUCCGGUUACAGGAUUAAACAAUGACAGCAGAGCGCCAUGCUGAACUAUCAUUGGCUGAUUCAGUCAGCUGACCUCACUGUGUCUGGAUGAGGGUGUCACUACCUGAUCCGUCCCAGAAACCCGAUUUGCACCGCGCAUGUGCAAAAUGUAAGUCACUCCCUCUACUCGCCAUCUUUGCGACAGCUUCGACAUCAGCGAGUUCGCUUCGGUUUAUCGAUACUUCGGUUUAUCGAUACUUCAGUUUAUCGAUACUUCGGUUUGACGAUACUUCAGUUUAUUGAUACUUCAGUUUAUCGAUACUUCGGUUUAUCGAUACUUUAGUUUAUCGAUACUUCAGUUUAUCGAUACUUCGGUUUAUCGAUACUUCGGUUAAUCGAUACUUCGGUUUAUCGAUACUUCGGUUAAUCGAUACUUCGGUUUAUCGAUACUUCGGUUAAUCGAUACUUCGGUUAAUCAAUACUUCAGUUUAUCGAUACUUCAGUUUAUCGAUACUUCGGUUUGUCGAUACUUCGGUUUGUCGAUAUUUUAGUUUAUUGAUACUUCGGUUUAUCGAUACUUCGGUUUAUCGAUACUUCGGUUUAUCGAUACUUCGGUUAAUCGAUACUUCAGUUUAUCGAUACUUCAGUUUAUCGAUACUUCGGUUUAUCGAUACUUCAGUUUAUCGAUACUUCAGUUUAUCGAUACUUCAGUUUAUCGAUACUUUGGUUUAUCGAUACUUCGGUUUUUAACAGCCACACUUUUCUGUUUUUAUUUCACAGGUUCACUUGUUGCCCAGUUUUCUUCUCCAGGAUUUUGCGUCUUCAGUUUCAUCGUUCAGAUAAUCGUGUUGUUAUUAUUCUGUGUUUGAGUGUUUUUUUAAUUUUCUGACUAAUAUCCCUGAUGGGAGAUGCCCCCCCCACCCUAAACCUCUGACUUCUCACACUUCCACACACACUCACACACAGUCCCCUCCACACAGAGAUAGUUUGGGUUUGUUACACAGUUUCUGAAUCGUGUGAGUCCUGAGAAUAUUGCAGUUUGUCGUUCUUGUACCCUGAUGUCUCUGGGUGACAUUUGGCCAAAAGAAAGUAUAUCAUGGAGGCGUAAAUUGCAGUAAAAUGUGUAUUUUUUGUGAUUUAAAGAAAGAGCUGCAGUGACUUCCAUGUUGGUCUAAGAUGAACACAUAUAGGCUUCAAUGAAAUCCACAAGGGUCCCCUUUAAAAUGAAACCAAACAGUCUGGUGUAAAAUAAAUGAAAUAAAUCUCCUUGAUACUUAAAAAAGUCAGAGAACCAUCAUUUUGACCAGGCGGUGGCGCUCUCUGCGGCCCAAAAGGUCUCACCGUCCUGGGCAGGAGCUCUGGAGAAUACCUCUGCGUUAGCUCAGGAGCCUCCGGUUAGCGAGCCUGUCACAUCGCCAUCUUUACACUGGUCCCCCCCCUCUUUGGUUCCUGUCCCACCGAGAGACCUCCUUCAGUUUUCAGUCCAGUGAGAGGGAAAACCAAUACCAGGACUAGAGAAUCCUCCUGAUGUGGUCCUUUCUUGUCUAACGUUGGUCUUCUGUCUGUUUGUAGUUCUGGCCGGCAGUGAGAAGAACCUGGUUCUGGAGCACUGCAAGAGCAUGGUGGUCCUCAUGGAUGUAUCCUUGAACCAUGAUCCCACAGAGUCCCAGUCUGUUUGUGCCCCUCGUUGGGCUCCUGUAGACCUGGUUUUUCUUUGACCCCGGUCUUUCCAGAGUCAGGGGAUCGCUCAGCUGAACUGGCCCGAGUUUCAGAGUCUGUGGGACAAAAUCCGGAGGUGGACGGUGAGCUGAGACCCCCUGAGAACAGUUCUGGGUCUAUACUGUGAAUAGAUGUACAAACACUAGAUGACUUAAUGUCUCCGGAGCAAAGAUCAUGUUAGGGGUUCUGGUCCGGGUUGUGGGUCUGAGAUGAAGAUGCUGAAGGACUCUUGAACAGAGUUCAGGAGAUCUUCAGGGUCCUUCAGCACUGGUUCGGGUCUCAGUCUAGAGUCUUGAAGUUUCCUCUGUGCGCUCAGAUCACGAACAGCGCCCCCUCCCUGAAAAUACCACUGCAGAUCUGAACUCCACCAGGACCCUGAACCCCUCUGCAGACCCGGGUCCCUCUGACACUGUGGUUUUGUUAAUCCGGUUUAUGUUCAAGUCUUGAUGGUCUGGUUUUGGUCUCUUCUCAGGAUAUCUUCAUGGUCUUCGACAAAAACAAAACUCAGCGGUUGGAGUAUCCGGAGGUGGCCCCGGCCCUGAAGGCGGCAGGUAAGACCCUGCUGAGCUGGUCCCGGCAGGCUGAGUCUUAGACAUGGACCGUCCUCUGGGGUCUGUGGUUUAGGCUGGCUGUCAUUACACGCUGUGACCUGCAGGGGGGGCUCAAACACCUCCUAAGUUUUUCUCUCUUGUUGUCCGUGAAUGAGGGACUUACUCAGAGUCCAGUCCUGAAGGAUCCUCAGAGUCCAGUCUCUCUCAAACCCUCAACAGAACCUCUAAACUCAGAGUUUGUUGUUUGUUUUUGUUGAACAGCUGAUUUAACUUCAGGUCGUUGACCUCUCUCUCUGUUGAAGACCCUCUGCUCAGUUCUCCUCCCAGAACCCUGUCAGGUACGUGGACUAACCAUCUGACCACAGGAACCAGAGAACACAGAAGCCCGUCUGGGUUUGGUCCGUCAAACCCAGAACAGCUGGAGUCUCUCAGCUGUUCAUUUUUCUUCACUGACUUCCUGUUUACUAAAUCAGAGAUGACCCGCACUCCCCUAUUAACCCCCGUCACAACAGAGCCCUUUGUCACCAGACCCCUCUUCUCUGUCGCCCCCUGGUGGUCAAAUAAAGACCAGGAUUUCAGAUCUUCAGAGUCUCUCUGUAGUCUCCUAUCAGCUCUGAAGACAAAGAGAGCUCCUCAAACAUGAGGGAGGAGAACUGAAGGAGAACUGAAGAAGGAGAAGAAGAAGAAGAAGGAGAAGAAGGAGAAGAAGAAGGAGAAGAAGAAGAAAAAAAAGUGACAGAUCCUCGAUGAAAAUUCUGGACAGUCAGUGAUUCCUGUUAGAGUAAACACUGAACUGUGUGUGUGUGUGUGUGUGUGUGUGUGUGUGUGUGUGUGUGUGUGUGUGUGUGUGUGUGGUUCUGACCCGUGUUCGUCUCUCCUUCAGGGAUCAUGGUGGAUGAUCUGGUGAUGCAGCUGGUCGGACUGAGAUACACCGAGCCGGACAUGACCAUCAGUUACCCUGGAUUCCUCUACCUGCUGCUGAAGCUGGAGAGCAUGAUCCGUAAGUGUGUGUGUGUGUGUGUGUGUGUGUGUGUGUGUGUGUGGGUGUGUGUGUGUGUGUGAGUGUGUGUGUGGGGGUGUUUACAGCAGCAGGCUGUGGAGGAGGAGAUGUUAGAGACGAGAACAUGUUUGAAUCCAUUCAGUCCCACUUCUCCUGCCAGGAAUUAUCCACGUCCCAGAGAGGAGUUUACAUCUCCAACACACCAACCGAACAUCUGCAGGAGGAACAGAAACACUGUUUCAGGUGGUCUUCUUCUGAAUAACUGAGACCUUUCUGAGACCUCGGAGGUCUGAAUGAAACAGAAACACUGAGAUGUUCUGAUGUUUCCACUGAGCCGGUCUUUUUCUCAUCUGUGGUUCUGAGUUUUCAGUCCAAACCUGGACGUAGGUGACCUGACCUCGGGGGUGGUCUUAGUCUACAGUCUGGUCCAUCGCAGGUCCAGGUCUUUCUCAUGUUCUCCUCUUGGUUCUCUCCCUCAGAUAAGUUCCAGGCCUUUGACAUGGUGGGGAUGGGAACAGUGACGGUGAGCUACAGACAGGUGAGACCACAGAUCCACGUCCAGAUCUCCAUCUCAGUUCAGGAGCUUCAUGCUGGAAUCAGACAUGAAGAUCAGGUGAUUCAGCUUUUCUCUUCUCUGAUUGGUUCCAGUGGCUCCACAUGACCAUGUACAACUGA